AUAUGGCGGGUGCAAAUGUGAUCAAGUGUUCCAUUCGCUGUUUUUGUCCUUCCAGCGCCGGCAGCACGAGGGUCAGAUUCUGUAGAAUUGCAAGCGCUUUUCUAAGACGACAGCAUACAAAGCCCAUGAAAGAUGACAAUGUUCAGGACAUCAUUUCCUCAAGACAAAGAAAAUAUUUCAAAGAGCAAGAAAUUAGACCUCUUUCAGACUUCUUAACUGACAAGUUUGGAAGACAUCACACAUAUCUUAGAAUUUCACUAACAGAAAAAUGCAAUCUAAGAUGUCAAUACUGUAUGCCAGAGGAAGGUGUGGAACUGUCUCCAAACUCAGAACUUUUAGCAACAGAAGAAAUUGUAUCUUUAGCAAAAUUAUUUGUCAGGGAAGGAGUCAACAAAAUCAGACUUACUGGCGGUGAACCUUUGGUGCGCAAGGAUAUUGUUGAACUUUGUGAGGAACUUGGAAGAAUAGAGGGACUUGAAACUUUAGCAAUGACAACAAAUGGCAUUACACUUGCAAGAAAGUUACCACAACUAAAAAAAGCUGGACUUAACUUACUAAACAUCAGCCUUGAUACCUUGGUGCCACAGAAAUUUGAGUUUGUUACAAGAAGAAAAGGCUGGCAUAAGGUCAUGGAAUCCAUUGACUCUGCUUUAGAACUUGGCUAUGACCCAGUUAAGGUGAAUUGUGUGGUAAUGAGAGGAUUGAAUGAAGAUGAAGUCUGCAACUUUGUGGAAAUGACACAGAAUAAGGUUAUAGAUGUGAGGUUCAUAGAAUACAUGCCAUUUGAUGGUAACAAGUGGAACUUCAAGAAGUUUGUUCCAUUCAGUGAGAUGUUGGAGAGCAUAUCUCAGAGAUGGCCAAAUGUUGAGAAGGUGUCAGACCAUCCUAAUGAUACCUCAAAGGCAUACAAGGUUCCUGGUUUUGCUGGUCAAUUUGGGUUUAUCACCUCUAUGAGUGAGCAUUUUUGUGGAAGCUGCAACAGGCUGAGGAUCACAGCAGAUGGGAAUCUAAAGGUUUGUUUGUUUGGUAACUCGGAAGUAUCUUUACGAGAUUCUCUGCGAGCAGGAACCAGUGAAGAGGAGCUUUUAGAGAUCAUCGGUGCUGCAGUAGGGAGGAAGAAGAAACAACAUGCAGGAAUGUUCAACAUCGCUAAACAAAAGAAUCGCCCAAUGAUUCUCAUUGGUGGGUGACAACCAAACAGAAACUACAUCCAUUUUCAGAUGUACAAGAAGUAUGUGGCAUGGCAGAUGAGCCAGGUUUUUAUGGGUUAUACUACCUAAAAAGUAGAGCAAUUUUCAUUUGAAUAAUCAGUGUUUGCAGUAGUUUUGCUCUACGUUGCUCUGUGAUUGGUCUUAAAAAACUUAUGCCACCUUCUCAUCCAAUCAGAUGCAGAACCAAAACAAAUCCAGACUCAUUGAUUUCACUAGACUAAGUGCUUUUCCAGGCCUCAAGCAAGGGGCUUGUUUUUACUUUGAGUUUGAAUUUGUUCAUUGUGAUAUUUCACAUCCCUUAACUGGCUGCUCAGAUAACUUUUGGUUUUAAUUCAGUGUCACUAAAUUGAAAAGAGCUCUAACUAACUGUAAACACCAGUAGACAGAGGUGCACUGGCAGAUAAGCAGCACUGGCAGUAGCCCACACUGGUAGAUGAGCUACACUGACUGAUAAGCCUAAUGAAAAUGAUUAACCCUUAACAUGCUAAUUUUCUCCAAACUAUUUUCUUUACAUUUCUUAAGAUGCUGACAUGACCUCAAAGUUUAAUUUGGCAGCGAUACUAUUAAGAGAAAUCAGAUGCAUGUCACUCUAAGAGUGUAAAGGAUUAAUGUGUUAGUUUGUUUGAAAGACUUAGGAAUUUUCAUAAAUUGUGUUUUUCAUAAAAUUUCAUAAAAAGAGUAAAUUUAUGCAAAUUUGCAGCACAUUUUCAAGAUGUUCUUGCAGAAGAGCCACACCCUUAUUUGUAACCAAAUUUUUGGGUGUGGCUUACCAUAUCCACCAGUGUUUUAAUUUACAUUAGUUUGCUAUUAUAACAAGGUAAAUACUAUCACAAGGAUAGUUGAUGAAUCAUUUAUGCAAAAAGAUACUGAGGUGUGUAAAUGUUUUUUAUGUAACUGUUAAAUGACGAUUCAAAAUAGUCCACACAUUUAGUGAUCAUUAUAUUCGUAUAAAAUAUAGGUGUACAUAUCUGUGGAAGAAAAUAAUUAUGGUGUAAUUGUAUUUUCACUCGAACACAUUGAUAUUGAAUGUACAUUGCAUAUAUCUACUCAAAGUAUAUGUUAAAAAUUAUGGAAUUAAAUUUAACUCGCCCUAGGGUUCUUACGUAUAUGCAGACAGAGGAAUCAUGCAUGCAUUUGACAAGAGUAAAACACAUGAGUUGUGAACCAUUGUCCUUUAAUGAUACUGUUAAUUAUGAAAUAAUUGGUUAAUAUUUUGAAAAAAUAUUAUUUUUCUGUCCUCAAGUAAUGUAAUGUGUGUGUGAAUUUAAGAUAGUGAAUGAUUAUUUUUUGAAGGAUGCAGAGUCCUUAUGGUUAUCCCUUUACACCCUAACAUCAGUAUGCAUAUUCUCCAUACUGUUGCCUAUACAUUUCCUAAGGUGCU